CGGCCGGGGUCACUCCGCUGGCGGCCCCAGGGCUCCCGGCUGGCCGCCAUCUUGUAUCGGGGCUUCAUUGUUCGCGCUGGGCCAGGCGGUCGAGUGUAGUCGCCGCCACGGGAGGAGGCGGAGUAACCUCUAGUCCACGAAGAAACCCUGCUAUUCCGCAGCCAUAGCUGCCCAAAGGAGUUGGGAGGUAGUAAAGGGCAGGGAGCUGGACCUGGAGGCGCCGCCGCGACAGCAGCAGCCAUGGAGGACGAGAUGCCCAAGACUCUGUAGAACUAAAGAGAGUCAGCAGCUUAUUGGGUUAAACAUUGUUCCUUACUAAUGCCUUCAAAUGAUAUGUCGGUAACCUUUCCAGAGAUGUGACAGAAGCUCUAAUUCUCCAGCUCUUUAGCCAGAUUGGACCUUGUAAAAACUGCAAAAUGAUUAUGGAUACAGCUGGGAACGAUCCCUAUUGUUUUGUGGAGUUCCAUGAGCAUCGGCACGCAGCUGCUGCACUAGCUGCUAUGAAUGGGCGGAAGAUAAUGGGUAAGGAAGUCAAAGUGAAUUGGGCAACAACCCCCAGCAGUCAAAAGAAGGAUACAAGCAGUAGUACCGUUGUCAGCACACAGCGUUCACAAGAUCAUUUCCAUGUCUUUGUUGGUGAUCUCAGUCCAGAAAUUACAACUGAAGAUAUAAAAGCUGCUUUUGCCCCAUUUGGAAGAAUAUCGGACGCCCGAGUGGUAAAGGACAUGGCUACAGGAAAAUCGAAGGGAUAUGGCUUUGUCUCCUUUUUCAACAAAUGGGAUGCUGAAAACGCCAUUCAGCAGAUGGGUGGCCAGUGGCUUGGUGGAAGACAAAUCAGAACUAACUGGGCAACCCGAAAGCCUCCAGCUCCAAAGAGUACAUAUGAGUCAAACACCAAACAGUUAUCAUAUGAUGAGGUUGUAAACCAGUCUAGUCCAAGCAAUUGUACUGUGUACUGCGGAGGUGUUACUUCGGGGCUAACAGAACAACUAAUGCGUCAAACUUUUUCACCAUUUGGACAAAUAAUGGAAAUUCGAGUCUUUCCAGAUAAAGGAUAUUCAUUUGUUCGGUUCAACUCCCAUGAAAGUGCGGCACAUGCAAUUGUUUCUGUUAAUGGAACCACCAUUGAAGGCCAUGUCGUGAAAUGCUACUGGGGCAAAGAAACUCUUGACAUGAUCAAUCCUGUGCAACAGCAGAAUCAAAUUGGAUAUCCACAAGCUUAUGGCCAGUGGGGCCAGUGGUAUGGAAAUGCACAACAGAUUGGCCAGUACAUGCCUAACGGCUGGCAAGUACCUGCAUAUGGAAUGUACGGCCAGGCCUGGAACCAGCAGGGGUUUAAACGCAGUCUUCCGCACCGUGGAUGGGACCAAACUACGGCGUGCAGCCGCCUCCUGGCCAGAACGGCAGCAUGUUACCCAGCCAGCCUGCGGGCUACCGAGUGGCCGGGUAUGAAACCCAGUGAAAACGGACUCCAGAAGCUAAAGCCAGUGGCUUGAGGCUACAGGGAGCGUAGUAAAGCCGUUGUUUACUUAAAGAUUUAUCAAAUCAGUCAGUGCAAAUGUCAGAUACAGUGUAUUUAUUUAAAAGAUUCAUUUUUUAAUCAUGAAAUUACUUAUCAUCCACAUUGUUUUAAAAAAGAAACAAGAUGCUGGAUGUCUGCCAAUUUUUGCCUUCAUGACCUUUUUUGAUAAAGUUUCUCAGAUCCUUGUUUCAAAUACAAUUGCAGGGAUUGCUGCCACUUUUGAAAAAUUAAGAGGCAGAAAAUUGCACAAUGUUGAACUUUUCUCCGCUAAAGUAGUGUGCAGUUCUAGUUUGCAUUCCUGAUAUGAUUUAAAACAUGUAAUAUAAAGAUGUAAAAAAAAAAGAAAGAAAGAAAAACCAAAACUGUGCAAAGUCUAGAAGUUCUUUGUAAUCUUCAGCUUGUGCACAAUUCUGUUUUAGGUUAAAAAAAAAAGUAUUGUUUGAGCUAUCCCGUUUCCACUGUUAUCUCCUUGGGGUUUUUAAAUAUAAAUUAUUAGUUUACAUCAUUUUUGUAUUUACAUUUUUUUCACAAAUUUGUCUUGCCUUAUUAAAGUUCUGUAAAAUAUACUGAGACAGAAAAAAAUGAUGUUCACUUCGAUUGAAUACUUUUCUCAGAUGGAUUGACAGUUGCAUUCAUCUUGUGUUUUAUAUGAGAAGGUGCCUCAAGAAUUCCCUGUUGGAUUUGUUUAAAAGGAUUUUUAUCUUCUGUGAUAAACUUUGCUGUGUACCCGGAACUAUAAAAACAAAAACUUGUUACUAAAGAAAAAUCUCUGAAAUGUGAUAAGUUCUCGCGCCAUGUUAAUUUCAUGUGUCAACUUCAACAUUUACAUGUAUUAUUUUAUUAUGUAAAAUGUUUUAGCAAGUUUAUAUUUUGCACAGUUAGCAAACUUUGUAUGUCGUUUCCUUCUUAAAGGCAUCAUGCAGAGCUGACAUGAGAUUUAUAAGGUUUUCAGCUGUUUGCAUGUGAAUAUCAAAUACAUACUUUGGUAGUCUUUGAAUGCAAAGUCAUCUGCUCUUGUUUUUCAAGAAUUUUGAGACACAAAAUUCUAUGUAAAUGAAAUAUGUUAAUUUGCCAUUUUCUAGUUAGAUUUACUAAAAAAGAGUAAAUCAACUUAAUAUGUACAAAUGAUAGCUGUGAAACCCUAGAAUAUCCUGAGGUCAGGCUUGGGGUUCACUGUGAACUCUAAAAUUAGCCUGGAGGACCAGCCAGGCAAAGCAUUUUUUUAGAUGUUCAGAGGCCAAAAGAUUUUAAAACACACAUACACACACACACACACACACAAAACACAAACCUUAAAAUCCUACCUCCUUAAACAGCCUUCAAAGAAGAGAAUCCUCAGUGCAAUCAUUAUUUUGAUGAUUUUGGUACCUGUUUUUCUGGAGUUCCUAAUUUUGUGCUGUGUCUGGGGUUAAUUUUUUUUUUUUUUUUUUUUUUGGCUGCUUCAAGCAUUAAGAGGUUUAACCUCUGAUGGCGUUGUUCUAGUUUUGAAAUUUCUAGUACAUUUCAGAGUUUGUUAGAAGAGUUGUGGGAGAUUUGGUUUGGUUUGGUUUUCAGUGAAGGUCACAAGCCUCCUUCCUUGACUCACAGAGAGGAAGGGUCUGGGGGUCCAUAUUUGAAUAUUUGGUGGCUUUGAAGACUUUCAGAGAGCUCCCAGCAUUUGAUUUAGGAAGAGAAAAGGCCUGUGGAAUUUUCCAUUUCCGGGCCUGAAUCUUGCAGGGGGGAGCACCUGACUACACUGGUCUCUAAGCCAACACCUAUAAACCAGAGCCCGGGGAGGCAGCUCCUAGUCUGUAGUUCUCUGGAGCUCAAUUCUAUGCAGUUGUGCUGAUGUUUCAUUAAGUCACUGUGUAUUUUUAAGUAUUGAUACAUUACACAGUUGUUUUAUGGAAGAUGAGUACAUUUUUUACGUACUUGGAGAUAGUAUUUCCUUGUUAACUUCUACACAUCAGGGCAUGCAGCCAAAAGAAGCUGAAAUUAAUACUCAGAAAAAUCAGGAAGCUGUCUUUUAAAUGCUUCUAGUUCAUGUUUCCAUUUUAGGACCCUUACUGUUUUUCUCUUUAAAAAGAAAAAAAAACACAGUUAUUUCCUGUACAUCUCAUGGACUGCAGGGUAAAUUAUUUGGGUUGAAAUAACUAAUCAGAACAAAAGUGUAGCUUUUUCUUCAUUUGGACUGUCUCAAGUAGUAACAGUUUUUAUUAGCCGGUGUAUUUUCAGAUUGCACAAAUCUUAACAUGUAUAUUGACUGCUCUUUGAGAAGAAAGUAGUAGUAGUCAUGAUGAAAAGGUUACUACUGAACAAACUCACACUGCUGACUGGUGGAAAUCUUAGUGUUAAAAGAUUUUUCAGUCUGAAAGUCAUACUGGUGUUAAUAAUCAGGUAAGAGAAUCAGAGUUUCAUUCUCUGCAAUACGCGUUCAGAUUUUACUUUCUGGUACUGUAAAGAACUUGAAGUAAUUCCCACUUAAUGGGUUAUUAAUCCAGUAUUCUUUACCCUGUUUGGAUAUUAAAGUUCCUUUAUGUUUUCUAUAA